CUACCGCAAACCUCCGGGCCGUUCCAGGAGCUUGCUGCAUAUAUUCAGGGAGUUUACGACAAGGUCGAAAAACGUUCUUCCUUUGAUAGAGAGCAAUCUCCAAAAAUUGAAGUUUAGCUAUCACACCAACGACGCUAAGCCUACAGACCGUCGUCAUGCCCUCCACACAAUUCAACUUCAAAGAAAGGUACAGAUAUCAGAAUGGCUUCGCCUCCUACCAUGAAUCAGAAGCAGUGGAGGGCGCGCUGCCCGUUGGCGCGAACUCACCACAGAAGCCUCCACUAGGGCUCUACGCCGAGAAGCUCUCAGGCACAGCCUUCACAGCUCCACGACACAAGAACCAGCAGUCAUGGCUCUAUCGCAUACUGCCCUCAUGCGGUCAUAGCAAUUUCGAGGCGCGAGAGUCAAGCACUUUCAACACCAACCCAGAGAACAAGCCAUGGGAGGAAAUCCACUUCAUCCCCAACCAACUACGAUGGGACCCCUUCGACCUUGACGAGACAGUAGACUGGGUCCACUCGUUGCACCUCGUUGCUGGUGCUGGAGAUCCCACCAUGAAGACUGGCGUUGGUUACUUCAUCUACGCAGCAGGCAAAGACAUGGCAGCAAACGAAGCGUUCUACUCCGCAGAUGGUGACUUCCUCAUCGUCCCCCAGCACGGCGUCCUCGAUAUCCAGACCGAACUGGGCCGCCUCGUCGUCCGCCCCAACGAGAUCUGCGUGAUCCCCCGCGGCAUCAGGUACCGCGUCACACUCCCCGACGGCCCUGUCCGAGGCUACAUCCUCGAGCUCUACGAGGGCCACUUCGAGCUGCCCGAACUCGGUCCCAUCGGCUCCAACUGUCUAGCCAAUGCGCGCGACUUCCAAGCGCCCGUCGCCGACUUCGACGAAGACACCAACAACUCCUGGACCAUACUGGCCAAAUUCGCCGGCCACCUGUACGCAGCAAAACAGGACCACACACCCUUCGACGUCGUCGCCUGGCAUGGCCUCUACUACCCUUACAAGUACGAUCUUGGCCGCUUCAACACCAUGGGCAGCGUAUCCUAUGACCACCCCGACCCCUCCAUCUACACGGUCCUGACAUGCCAGAGCGCCUCUCCGGGAACCGCAAUCGCAGACUUCGUCAUCUUCCCCCCUCGCUGGCUCGUCGCGGAAGACACUUUCCGCCCACCCUGGUACCACCGCAACACGAUGUCCGAAUUCAUGGGCCUAAUCCACGGACAAUACGAUGCCAAAACAGGGGGUGGUUUCCAGCCCGCCGGCGCAUCAUUGCACAACGUGAUGUCCGGCCACGGCCCCGACGCUUCCACACAUGAAAAGGCGUCGAAUGCGGAGCUGGCGCCGCAUAAGGUAGGUGAGGGCAGUAUGGCGUUUAUGUUUGAGAGUUGCUUGAUGAUUGGGGUGACGGACUGGGGGCUGAAGAAGUGCCAGAAGGUGCAGGAGGAUUAUAAUGCAGAGAGCUGGGAGCCUCUGAAGCCGCAUUUUAAGCUGAAGCCGGGGCAGAAAAUUGACAAUGGGCUGAAAUCUAUUGCCAACGGUACUGAGGGGGACAAAGCGCAGGUGCCGCACUACACCUAGGUUAGGGCUGAGAGAUUGAUGCUGUAGUAUACCAAUGACGAUUUCAUGAAACUUUCAAA